AUGACAGUCGUAAUAGAAAAUGCUUGUGUAAAUAAACCACAUUUUCAAGUGAGUAUAUCUGCGUAACACGACUCAGAAAACUGACUUCGGCCAUUUUGCUCGGAAGGGGGGCCUCUGCUUCAACACGUGAGACAGGAGCCCGAAGAGCCUGAAACACACUGACAUCUCUGACUCCGAGAGGAUAUUAUCCAUGUUCCACCCGACAGAGGCAUAGGAAGCCAGCACGAUGCCCUCUAUCAGCCUGCCGCCGAAAGAGAACGCUCUCUUCAAGAGAAUUUUGAGGUGUUAUGAGCACAAGCAGUACAGGAAUGGACUGAAGUUCUGCAAACAGAUCCUGGGCAACCCAAAGUUUGCUGAGCAUGGAGAGACGCUGGCCAUGAAGGGUUUAACCCUCAACUGUCUGGGUAAGAAGGAAGAGGCCUACGACCUGGUGAGACGAGGCCUGCGCAAUGACCUCAAGAGUCACGUCUGCUGGCAUGUUUAUGGUCUGCUGCAGCGCUCGGACAAAAAGUACGACGAGGCCAUCAAGUGUUACCGCAACGCUCUGAAGUGGGACAAGGACAACCUGCAGAUUCUGCGAGACCUGUCCCUGCUGCAGAUCCAGAUGAGAGACCUGGAGGGAUACAGGGAGACUCGCUACCAGCUGCUGCAGCUCCGUCCAGCCCAGCGGGCUUCGUGGAUCGGAUAUGCCGUGGCCUAUCACCUGUUGGAGGACUUUGAGAUGGCUGCGAAGAUUGUUGAGGAAUUCCGCAAAACGCAACAGACAUCUCCAGACAAGGUGGACUACGAGUACAGUGAGCUGUUGCUGUAUCAGAACCAGGUCCUGAGGGAGGCCAGUCUGCACAAGGAGGCCCUCGAUCACCUCAACAACUAUGAAAAACAGAUCUGUGACAAACUCGCUGUGGAGGAGACUAGAGGAGAGUUGCUGCUAAGGCUGGAGAGACCACAGGAAGCUUCAGAGGUCUACAAGAAACUCCAGGAGAGGAAUCCUGAGAACUGGGCCUACUACCAGGGCCUGGAGAAAGCCUUAAUGCCAGAGAGUAUAGAGGAGCGUCACAAGAUUUACGAGGAGUCCCUGGUGAAGUUUCCUAAAGGCCUUGUUUCACGAAGGCUGCCUCUUAGUUUCCUCACAGGGGAGAAGUUCCGUGAGUGUCUGGACAGCUACUUAAGGAUGAACUUCAGUAAAGGCUGUCCACCCGUCUUCACCACCCUCAAAUCCCUCUACACUGAUAAAACCAAGGUCACUGUCAUCGAGGUGUUAGUCGUUGGCUAUGAAACGUGUUUAAAAAGCUGUCGAAUGUUUAGUGAAAACGAUAAUGGGAAGGAGGAGCCUCCCACCACCCUGUUGUGGGUACAGUAUUUCCUGGCACAGCAUUUUGACUUCAUCGGCCAGUCCGUCCUCUCUCUGGAGUACAUCAACACCGCCAUCGACAGCACGCCCACACUCAUCGAGCUCUUCCUCAUCAAGGCCAAGAUCUACAAGCAUGCAGGUAACAUAAAGGAGGCGGUUCGAUGGAUGGACGAGGCUCAGGCCCUGGACACCGCCGACCGCUUUGUCAACUCCAAGUGUGCCAAGUACAUGCUGAAGGCUGGCCUCGUCAAAGAAGCCGAGGAGAUGUGCUCCAAGUUCACUCGGGAGGGGACCUCUGCUGUCGAGAACAUGAACGAGAUGCAGUGCAUGUGGUUCCAGACCGAGUGUGCCCUGGCCUACAAGGCCAUGAACAAGUUUGGAGAGGCCCUGAAGAAGUGCCAUGAGAUUGAGAGACACUUUGUGGAGAUCACAGACGACCAGUUUGACUUCCACACUUACUGUAUGAGGAAGAUGACGCUGCGAUCCUACGUGGACCUGCUGAAGCUGGAGGACAUCCUGCGGCAGCACCCGUUCUUCUUCAAAGCCGCUCGAACCGCCAUCCAGAUCUACUUAGGUCUGCACGACAAGCCUCUGACUGACGACAACAAGGAAAACCAGGCAAACGCUGAGAACCUGACGGACAAGGAGAUGAAAAAGCUGCGCAAUAAGCAGCGCAGAGCCCAGAAGAAGGCGCAGCUGGAAGAGGAGAAGAAGAACGCUGAGAAGGAGAAGCAGCUGAAGAACCAGAAGAAGAAGAAGGAGGAUGAUGACGAGGAGAUAGGAGGCCCAAAAGAAGAGCUAAUACCAGACAAACUGGCCAAGCCGGAACAUCCUCUGGAGGAGGCAGUGAAGUUCCUCAUCCCUCUGAAGAACUUGGUGCGCAAUAAGCUUGAGACUCACCUCCUGGCCUUCGAGAUCUACUUCAGGAAAGAGAAGUAUCUGCUGAUGCUGCAGUCCAUAAAGAGAGCUGUAACCAUAGAGCCUUCCAACCCGUGGCUGCACCAGUGUCUAGUGCGCUUCUUCAGAGGAGUGAGUGAAGGUCCAGACUUGGCUGAGCCAGUGAAGACCGUGUUGAAGCAGGAGAUCAUCAGACUGUUUGGCGAGAGCAACCCUCAGAGCUUCAACAAGAGCUACCUGAGCCAACACUCCAACUCAAUCCCACACCGAUUGGCUGCUGCUAAGAUGAUGUUCUACCUGGAACCCUCCUCUGAUAAGAUGGCCUGUGAGAUCGCUACAGCCCUGGAUGAGUCACUGUCUGGUAGAAGCAUCCAGGUGUGCACUGAGGUGCUGGAGGCUCUGAGUGCAGGGCAGUUGGGCGAGGGUCAGCAGAAGGCUGCCGAGGCCUACAGAGCCGCCUGCCAUAAGAUCUUCCCCUACUGCCUGGCCUUCAUGCCUCCCGGUUACCAAGACAACAGCAUCGCACUCAGCGCCAACGGCGACCUUUCGGCGGGAGAACAUGACGACCUGGCCAACGAAAUGUGACCUCAGUCAAAAAACAAAAACAGAGGAGAACAAGGAGGUGAAGUGAACACGCUGCCAGACGCCUUAGUCCGCCAACACACCCGUUCCUCAUUCC